AUGUUCGUUGCAACGACGGAAAAUGGAAUAUUGUCCAUCUCGGUUGUCCUGAAGGCUGGGUUGUGAGUGUUUGCUAACUUGUAUUAUAGUUUAAUCAUGCAUCCCAACAGACAUCAUGUUCAUCUGCGUCGGCUGGCGGCCGCUAUGCCUGUGCCGGCGCCAUUUGGUGAGGCUCCUACCAUAAGUCUCAAGGGACGCGCCGAUACGACCAGUGACGCUUCGGAAUCUACGUCGACAUGCAAAGAUGGCGAUACUUCUUCUAGAUGCGAGAAGCCUGCUGGUGCCACUAACUCCACAUUGCCAAUCAUCUUUGGGUCAAUGUAAGUUUUGUCAUUUUGGAAAUGUCGAGCAUGAAUAAGGGUUCUAAUAUCUGUAUUAGGGUGCCUAUCUUUAUUGCCAUACUAGUGUUAGUGUGGCUACAUCGAAGACACACUCAAAAACUGAAGAGAGAAGACGCUAUGGAUAAGACAAAAAGCAUGGAUUUUGGAUUGGAUAUUGGUCCCACUAGUAAAUAUCCUGCCAAUGGGGCUAUCACUGGUGGGGAAAAGUCUAGUGGAAAUGGACGCCGUCAACUCUCUAUGGAUAUUGGUGUUAACUCACCUUACCUACUCCCAGCGGGGAUUCACGGUUCGAAGGAAAGUUUGCAUUCACUGGCUAGAAGUGGCGAUGAUCGUUAUGGACGCCCGAUGACUGCCGAUUCGAGAUAUAGUCCGAGCUCUCCCCUUGCUCACGGUUCCUCUCCCUGGUCAGACCCAAAUUCACGCCAUGCCAAUCGCAACAGCAAUAACAACCACGAUUGCGAUUCUUCCCUCUAUGAACCCUCGGCUGGGCACGAUGAGAGCCCGGAUGGUUCCCAAAUGAGCAUGACAGCCGAAUUGCUAAGUGGAGCCCAACAGAUGCCCACCUCGACCCCACCAAGAUCUACUUCACUUCCAAAGGAGUCCCCAUCACGUGUUCCUCGCAUUAACGUUCCCACUCCGGCUGUCAUUCGGUCACCUCAUGGUUCUUUAGCCAAAGGCUCCUAUGACGAACGGGAUUCCUACGUGAGCGAUGGUGAUCUCCGUCGUAGCCACAUGCACUUGGCCAAGCAAAUUGAUAAUAUUCAACAGCCGGCACCUGUCAAGGCUCCAGCUGGAAUUCCGCCGGCUCUUCAGCUUGGACAAGCGUCCUCUGGCCCGCCAGCCCUUCCAAAAUUUGAUAUCACUUUCAGCCCGUCGCCUGAUCGUGGGUCUGCCCCGGAUGGUCAAACCGAACAAAGGCCCCGACCCGUUUCUGAUGAUCAAAGUGAUUAUGGAGAUGGUGUCCAAUUCAGGUUCUCCUCUGCUUCCGCCGACAGUGAUCACGCACUAGCCGUUGUUACUCCUGUCUCUGGACCUGAACCUCGCAAGAGUUUAGUACCUGGUGCCUUUGAUAAUCGGAGACUUUCCAUGGGAUUCCGGCCACUUCCCCCAGAUGGCAACCCAGAUGAUACUGCCGAAGAAAGAGCAAUGAGAAUUAGGUCUUUCUACAAGGAAUACUUCGAUGAUUCUGCUCCUGCGCCACUGAUGCCCAGUAUUCCCGCGCCUGAGGAUUAUCAAGGCUUGGGGCAUGACUACUACGACGAUUCAGCUCCAAUUUAUGAUCCUGGUACUGGACGUUACCAGAUUCCCGGUGCCAAGCCUUUUGCUGAACCACCUACUCGUCGUGCUAUGACUCCUCCUCCGCGCAUGCCCCCUCGUUUUAACCCCGGACCUCAAUCAAGAGCUGGAUCCGCUACUAGUGGGCGCUUUAUGCCCCCUGGUCCGCGAUCUUUCUCUUCAGCCAGUGGGUUUAUCCCCGGUGGACGUCCGCCGCCACACAGAAGGCCAAUGGCCCCACCCAAACCAUUGAACAUUCUCCCAACACCUCAUCUACUGAAAGAGGACGCCUUUGCCUCACCAAUCAUGUUUGCGCCUCCAUCCAGAGUUCCUGGCUCAGGCAGCGGAGGUAUGCGUGGCGGUCAGCGCCCAUAUUCUCCCUCAGUUUCUCCUCACGUGCCACUUGCGUCGGCGUUUGACGAACUCGCAGUACUCCCAACCCCUCAUAUGUUGAGAAACUCUUCAACCUUCACAGCUCUUGAUUUUGCUCCUCCGCGGAAGUUUAGGGAGGAUAGUGGCACGGGAAGUGAUGCCGGUAGCAUCAGAAGCAACAGAAGCGGUGUCUCGGCUCUGCAAAUGCAGAAUAUUAGGAACGGAGCCUAUCGCGUGUCACGCCUUCCCCAGGAUGUUGUGCCUGUGAAAGAUGAUAUGACAUCGAAUCUCAAGCCAACAUGGGUUAUGCGACCCUAGUGGGCCUUUUUUAUUUUUAUUUUAUUUUAAUAUUUCAGCAAUAAUUCUGUUCUUCUGGUGUAAGGUAUGGUUUCUUUUCUGCAGCGCUUUCGGCAAUAACGACUUCCAAAACCGAAGGAACGCUGGGCGAUCGACGGAAACAUUUCCUUGGUUCUUAUUUCUCUUAUCUUACGACGUGUGGGGUUUCUAGCCGAAUCUCGUAUACAGUCGGGUGGAAGUUUCGAGUGCAACUAAUUCGGUGACUUAACGAUGGUGUCAUGAAGGCAGAGGCUUUCUAUGACCUGUGUAUAGAUGUGAAGGUUUUUAUACUCAUUAUUUUCUCUAUUCAGCGGGGUUGAUUCCGGGCAUGCUAGUUCAGGGAGAUUUGGAGGCAAUCGAUAUUUCUGGCACGGGUUUUGAGGCACUCAUUUUACUCGUUUUUUUGGCCGCUCCUUGUAAUAUCGUACUUGGAUGUUGUUUCUUGGACGCAGCCCUCAACUAUUUCCUUCUCUUCUCCAUAACGGUCUCUCUAGGACCACUAUUCCCGUGUGAUCAGGCGGGAGGUGAGAUGUGGAUGGCUGGAUGGAUGGAUUGAUCGGUCUGGCAAAUGCAAGAUUCCUUUCUCAUUAUCGUCACCAUCAUAACCACUAUCUUCACCACCGCUGCUAUUAGCAUCCCGGAGGCCCACCGUGUAUUAUUGGGAAUAUAUUCUCCCUUUUCAGAACCCGGUUGUCAGUCAACAUUGACUUUAGUAAUUGGCUUCCUCUUUUCCUUAUCUGCCGUCCUUUAUUUUUUUCCACCCCCGCUGGAAAUAGGCUAUUUUCUUCUGCCCCCUCUCGUUUAUCUGCUUUAUAUAACGCCUCGUGCCCGCGAAUUCCUUCGUAUAUCCCUCUCCCGACCUAUUCCCUUCCUUUGGGUCUGACUUACUCGUAGCUAACUGGUCGUAGUUUUAGUCGUAGUUUAUUGUUUAUAUAUAUUUCCUUCAAUUGUUUCUGCCCGGGCCUCGCCUCUUUUUUAGUUAAGUCGUCUAUUGUUUUGUGUAAAUUUGUGUCAUUUGUGUUUUCUUCUGAGUUUGGUUGGUUGGUUGGUGGAAGUGAAUAGAUUUGGUUGCUACUAUAUUGUUCUUGCCUGCUGUUAUAGUGGUGAUGGUGGUUGAGUACUUGGAUGGGUGGAUGGGGUUUUUUUCUUCUUCCUGUAAUCCUUUGAUUGUUUAAGGGUACAACCUCUGUAUACAAUCCCUAGGUUACGACGUAAAAGCCCAAGGAUGGAUUGGGUUGGGUUGGUAUGUGUAUUAACGUUCCCGAUGGGGUUCUUGGCCAACCCGUAGUAAUUGGCCACUAUGGAAACACAAUCUCAAGAUGCCAUUCUUUUGCAAAACUGUAUCAGAAUCAAACACAAAGCCAAUAAAUCAUAUUUCCCAU